AUGGCUGUGUUAUUCAGAGGUUGUUGCAGGUUUCAAUCAACAUUAAGCAUCAGUCGUGUGGUGCUGACCGGCUCCGGUAAAGCACGGCUCCCCCGGUCUGCAGGGGCCGGUGUGGUGGCUGCAGCAGCCCGGCAGUACAGCUCGGAGCCCGGCGGGAACAAGCCGAAGCAGACGGUCGUGUUUGUGGGCAUCCCAAACCCAGUCAUCUGGUUCCGCACCAAGAUCUACUACUUUCUGAUCAGAGCUUACUUUGAUAAAGAGUUUAAUAUAGAGGAGUUCACAGAGGGAGCGAAACAGGCCUUCAUACAUGUUUCCAGGCUGCUGUCACAGUGUCAGUUUCAAGCACUGGAGGGGUUGGUGGCAAAAGAUUUGAUCGGGAAGCUGGAGGAGAAAUGCAGCCUGCUGCCGCUGAGCUCCAUGCAGGCGCUCUCCGCUGAUCCAGAUGAGAUCAUGCACAGCACACCUGGAGACGUGGGAAUCUACUACGAUGAUAACGGGAGGAAGUUUGUGAGUAUCUUGAUGCGUUUCUGGUAUCUGACAAACGCACAUCUUCCUGAAGACUCCGUGGAGGGAAGUCGCAUCUUCCAGGUGACCAUAGGUGAAGAAGGAGAGACAGAAUCCAAGAGGCUGCUAACUGCACAUUAUGAAUUCCAAAGGGAGUUUACUAAAGGAGUGGCACCAGACUGGACUAUCACGAGGAUAGAGCACUCCAAGCUUUUAGAUUAAGGCUGUUUUAGAUUUGAGGCUGAUAUACUGGAGGAAAACAGUCAAAGACACUAAAUUCCCCCUUUUUAGUAUUUUUGUUUUCAUGAAAUCAAAGAAGAAACUGUUCACGGAAGGAAAAAAACCAAGACGCAGAUGAGAUGAGAGCAACACGACACACUUGGAUUCAUCUACUAUUUCUGUUCAGAUGCUUUCCAGAACUGUCUGCAGUAUCUCUGUGUUGCAGAUUGUUUUUUUUCUUCUCUAUGUAAUAUCACAGAAACCAAUAAUCAGAGGGUUGUUAAGUCUCACUCUUGAAGGAUUUGUACAUCCGGGAAUAGAGUCAAAUAAUUCAAAGCCUUAUUAUUAUUAUAACGAUUGUGUCAUAUCAGAGAGGAGGGAGAAGUUGUUACUGCAAGAGACUCAACAGCAAGAUAAAAAAUACAUAUUCUGAGUUUUCCAGAUGUAAUAAAUAUCUCCAGUUUAAUAUUUCGAGCAAAUACUUGAUUAUUUGACUUCUAUCUGAUGGCCUGAUUCAUGACUGAAGCUGUAAUGAGAUUUGUAGAUCUACUGCUGCUGCACACAGUCAAAUAUAGAUGCAGAAUGUGCUAAAAGGUACAAACGCAGGGUGUAGAUUUUUGAGUUUUGACUUCAUAAACACAAAAUGUGAAGUAAUUUCCUGGAAGAUCACACAUGUUCUUGCACAAAACUCUC